AUGAGUCUCACCAGCUUCUUCCUCCUUACAUUGCUCCUCGUUCUGGUGACAGAAGCAACUGCAAGGAAAUCCCGUGAAAAGUUCUCACAAUCUGAAGAUUCCAGCGAAAGCUUGGAUGCAAAAAACCCCAAAACCACCAUCAGUGAGGAAGUCUUUGAGGAAAGGAAGUAUAAAGCCAAUGCUGGUGAUGGCAGUGAUAGCAACAGGAGGAAUGAAGGGGAACUAGAGCGGUCCUAUAUGCGGAAAAAGGAAAAGCAGAAGUUUACACAAGAGGUAGCCAAAUAA